AUGAAGGAUCUUCCAUCUCUGUUAAUAUUGAUGAAGAUUAUUCCAAGACUUUCGGCAAAGGAGGUUAUACGGUGCAAGGCUGUGUCUAAAGAGUGGUUAGCCUAUCUUUUAACUCCUGAGUUUUCUAAGAAUAAUUGUCGUUUCUUGCGAGUAUUAGGUGACCAGAAAAUAAUUGCUCUUGACAAAUCAUCGUGUGCGAUUCGUUAUGUUGAUGUUGCAUCUCCUAGAUGUGUUUUAGGCAAUAAUAUUCACAUUCCCUUCGAUUGUCAUCCAUGUAAUGUGAUCUUUUUAGCAAGUUUGGAUGGCAUGGUAUGUGUUUGCUUAUGUAAUACUGGUGAUUUGGUUGUUUGGAAUCCACUAACUCGUGUGUUCAAGAUGCUGAGAAAUUCUAAUUAUCAGGGAUUUUACAAUAUGGAUGAUGAUAGUCUUGGGUUUUGUGUUGACUCUGCUGGUGAUUACAAAAUUGUGCAUAUUAAACGCACUCAUUUCAGGUUGACUGUUAAUAUUUAUUCGUUUAGUGAAGGUUCAUGGUCAACUCCAAGGUUCUUAAUUGAUAGUCCAUAUGAUAUUGUUGUUUAUAGUUGGUCCGUUGGGAUGUUUUGUAGGAAAAGUUUGUAUUUUGUACUGACCAAAUUCUGGUGUAUGGGUAACACAGCGGUUCUUCGUUUGGAUGUUGAGUCGAAGGUAAUAGAAAAUGUAGGUUACCCAGAUACAUUGAGUGUGGAAUCUAUAGGUCAGUUGGUGACUAUACGAGAUGAACUUCAUAUGUUGGUUAGUAUUGGAAUGUGUAGUGUAGAUGUUCAAUUGUGGCGUCUACAAAAUAAUACUUGGUCAAAAGUGGUGUCUUUUGUACCACGUGUGUUUAUGCCGUUGAUGAUAGGGUCAUCUGUGCACUACAUUGAUGGUAAUAACAAAUUAAUUAUAGUACACGAAUGGGGUGAUAUUGCUCAGAUAAACGUAAGGGCAAAGAAGAUGCAUGGUUAUUUUCCUAUCAUCUUUACACAAGGCAUUGUAGGUGCAAGCUAUAUUGAAACUGUAGUUUCACCACAUGUUUAG